GGAGUUUUGUCGUUUGUAAACUUUCACUAUACACAGACGUGGGUUUCCAUGCACACACCUAAAAUUGUCAUUAAGGUCAUGAAUCAGUCAUUGAAUCAACACAAAUUUGGAUAGAAUACAAUGAUUUCGACAGUUUGUUUCAAACCGUCAACCUGUACUCAUCGCUUGCAGGUGUGGAGAGUAAUAAUUAAUAGAUAAGAAAAGUUAACCUAUAAAAAUCUUAAAGUUGGAAUUUUAAAUUGUUUAAACAAUGGAUUUUAUAUUAUUGUUAAAGUAAGUGUAUUUCUAUUUACUGGAUGUUUUUAAUCAAUAUUAUCUCAAAUCUACAAACCUGAUUGCACAAUCAAGCAUGACAUUAUCGGAUAAAUAAAGAAUAAUAUUUUAUACAUAAAGAUGAUUUAAGUAAAUACCAUAAUUCCAUUGUAAUAAAAUACGACGAAGUUGAGACAAAGUUAUCAAGGACAAUUAGAAAAACAUCAUGGAGGCUGUUAACGAAGAAAUAAAAUUACCACCGGGUACAUGUAUUUUGGAGUCACAAGUUUCUGGACACUCAUAUGAUCCAAAAAAAAAUUGUCCAGGUAUCCUUCGAGCACCUAACGGCUGUAUACUAAAACCUGGAGAAAAAGAAGUUUUACGUAAGAGAGAAAUAGACUUUUAUGAACGAAUAAAAAGUGGUGAGGAUCCUAUGUUUAAGGAGUUAUCGAAAUUAACUGCAAAAUAUUAUGGUACAACAGAACUUAAAGUGUCCGAUAAAUCACUUGAGUUUCUUGUUCUACAAGACAUUACCGAAGGCUUGGCUGAACCUUGCGUGAUGGAUAUCAAAAUGGGAAAACGAACAUGGGAUCCUUUAGCUGGGCCUGAAAAGCGUGCAAAAGAAGAUCAAAAGUAUUCCGAACUAAAGCAAACUUACAGUUUUUGUAUUCCUGGCUUUCAAGUAUACGAUAUAACAACCGGCAAUUUAAAAAAAUUCUCAAAAGAGUAUGGAAAGAAUUUAAAUGCAACGACAGUCAUCGAUGCUUUAAAAAUAUUUCUGAAUAUAUCACCGGAUCAUCCGCCUUGUAGAGAGUUAAUAGUAAAGUUAUUAUCAUCGUUGUGGAAGAUUCUAGCAUUCUUUCGAUCUCAAACAAAACUACAAUUUUUCUCAAGUUCUCUCCUGAUAGUUUACGACGCAAAACGUCUUCGAAAAUUUAUUCAGACAGGUUUGACAGAGGAAUGUAAUUCAAAGUCCGAAAUAUAUACAAGAGGAGUCGCAGUACCUAUUUCAUCGUCUAGCAGUGAUUAUUCAAGUGGAUUUAAUACGCCAAAGAGUUUGUCUCCUCUAUCAUCAAGUCCUUCAUUUUCUCAAUUUAUCAGAAGCGGAAAAGAUAAUCUCGAAAAAACAAAUACUGAUGCUUUUUUUAAUGGAAGUCUUGGCAGGCAUCUCAAUAACAGCCACAUUAAACUCUGUCGUACGCAUUCGUUUGAUCACGACUAUGAUCGGGAUAUGAUUGAAAUGAAAGAAGACUAUGCAUCUCUUUUAGAAGAAUUAACUGGAAAAAAAAGACAAGAUUGGGUUCGUGUAGCUAUGAUAGACUUUACACAUGUCUUUCCGGCAGACAAAGAAACUAUCGAUAUUAAUUAUCUUGAAGGAAUAGAAAAUCUUAUAAAAAUACUUGAGUCAUUUCUCGUGUAGAUCAGUUGUGAUAAAAAUGAUAAUAAAAACAAUUAUCAAAGACUGUUAAACCUUAUUACUGUCAUUAACAACUACGCGUAAAUAAAAUAAAUAAAUUUAUCAUUGAAAAGAU